CUUUUCUUUCCACACCAGAAAUCUGUCCUCUCUACCAGCUGAAUUACCUUUUAAGCCGCAGCUAAAUCAUCAACUUGGCAUAUUUGAAGCUCUAUCUACCCCUCCCAACGCCUCUGCCAUAAUGCAUGCAUAAUCGUAAAACAUAGGAAAUCCCCGAAGCGUGAACGAACAGCACUCGAACGACGCCACAAUGCAUCUUCCACUCCUCCCUACUCUCCUAGGCCUCCUGGCGCUCACCGGCUCCAGCAGCGCAGGCAGAAACCCCAGGAUUCCCAAGGAUGCGAUUCUGCUCUCGAACGUGAAAUCGCUGACUCUACGCGCCGAUGCAAAAACCGCUCAUCGACGUCUCCCUGCCAUCCCACAAUUGAAAUGUAAGGGCCCGGGCUGCAAAUACUACAAGGUGGAUGUGAUGCGCUGUACGAACCAAGGCUCGGAUUACGAUGACGAAGACGUACAAUGGAGCUGCGUGGCCAGCCUGCCGCCCGAGUUCAAACUCGGCAGCACAGACGUGAUGUGCGAGGGCUAUGAUUCUGCAGACGACCCGCGGGUGCUGAAGGGGAGCUGCGGUGUGGAGUAUCGUCUGCUACUCACGGAGAAGGGCGAGGAGAGAUAUGGUUCCGGCGACUGGUUCUCUUCUUCCCCGUCGGGGGAGGCCUGGGCUGGCUAUCUCUUCGCACUGGUUUUCUUGGCCGUGUUGGCUUGGAUUCUAUAUUCUAUGUUUGUGGGCUAUCGAAAUAAUGUACAGCGUCGGCCCGCGCCUAGAGGUGGCAGAUGGGGUGGUGGAUGGGGAGGAGAUGAUAAUGAUGAUCCGCCGCCUCCGUAUCCGGGAACGUCCCCUUAUCCUGGGAAGACGUAUAGGGGCGGGGCGGGGAAUGCAGGCCAAGGGGGUUGGGGCCCUGGCUUUUUGGCUGGGGCGCUCGGAGGCGCGGCUGCGGGAUAUCUGGCGGGCAGUCGAAGGGGAGGGAGACAAAUGCAGCCAGAGGUUCCUCGUGGUGGUGGAUGGGGUGGAGGCUAUGAUGGUGGUGGGUUUACAAGGACGGGCUCAAGUGGGAGUUCUUCGAGUUCGGGAAGCAGUGCUAGGUAUGAGAGUACGGGUUUUGGUUCGACGAUUAGAAGAUAAGUGCUUGCAGACACAGGAUAUAGAGUUUGGAGUGCACGAAGAGAUGGUAGCAUUUUUAAUUGGUAUAUUCUAAUUCUACAAGACACUAUAGCCAACGCUAUUGGGGCAAUCCAGCGGGAAUGUCCCAGCGUGUCUGACGGAAAAGUAAAGGGGACGCCCUAUGAGAGCUUGCCGUCGAGGAGUGGUAAAAGAGAAUCUCAUCGUAUUCGAGCCGUGCAGAAAGCCAUUGCCCACCCUCCUAUACAAUCAUACACAACCAUACCGUCUUUGGAAACGCCUCUUGAGAAAAUCCAACAAACCCAGAUAGCAACGCCAGCGUAGACUCUAAUCACAUGUGGGCAGUCAU